AUGAGCAUCUAUCAACUAAUUUGUACCAUAAUCUCAUUUAUACUCAAUUCAUUUCUCGUUUGGCUUAUUUUAGCCCGUUCUCCUAAACUAACUGGAAAAUACAAAUGGCUUAUGUUGUACACAACUUGCUUCGAAAUUUUCUGGGGACUAUUUGACCUGCCGGCGGAGAUAAUUGCCCACUCUGUCGGUUGUGCAUUCAUCGUAUUUCGUGUGAACCAUCCUGAUUCUCUCCUUACUUCCGACAAUUCCUCAUGGAUUGUCCUUAUCUAUACCGCAAUUUUUGGUGCCUCUAUGGCUCUUUUCGCUUCGCAUUUUGUUUAUCGUUAUGGUUCAAUAGCCACUAAUUUUGGCGAGAAAUACACUUCUGGAUGUAAAUUUAGCAUUCUUUUUUUCAUUCCAAUUAUUACUGGAAUGUGGUGGUCAACGGUCGUUAGAGUCUGGUUUUGGCCUAAUACUCAAAUGGAUGACUAUACCAGAAAUCUGAUAAUGGAAACUGUUGGAGUUGGGAUAGAGAAUAUCAGUUACAUUGGUGCGAAGUUUUACAACCAAGAAAAGAGGAAUCUCACAAGUCAUUUUAAUACACCAGCUUGGAUUGGAGUUGCGCAAAUGUGGUUUAUGGUGAUUUCUUCAAUGGGGUGUGUCUUCGGAUUUGGGGCUCUCUGUUAUCUCCGUCUUGCAAAACAACUAUCGAUUGCAUCAAAUGCAGCAAAUAAUCUUCAAGUUCAGCUAUUCUAUGCAUUGGUCAUGCAAACAGCAAUUCCGUUAUUCCUUAUGCACAUGCCAAUUACAGUUUACUUUCUCUGUCCAAUGCUUGAUUUGGAUUUUGAUUUUGCUAGUUCAUUUGUAGCAUCAACCAUUGCAUUAUAUCCAGCUAUUGACCCUCUACCAAAUAUUUUAAUCAUAAAAAACUACCGAAACGCUACGAUUCAACUGUUUCGCAGUCUUCUAUGCCGCCCGAAAAACAAAUACAGAACAAACCAAACAUCCACCAUUCACAAUAAUGGUCCAAGAUCAUUCUCACAAACAAUCAAUUGA